AUGGGAGAAGAAGCUGUCACCAAACAACCUAUGUCAAGUCAAAUUGAGGAGACCAGAGAAUGGGAGUCAGGCCUAUUUCAGUGUACAAAUGACCUUACUAGUUGUUUCUUGUCACUGUUUUGUCCAUGCCCAUAUUUAUGCUAUUUAUAUUCAUAUGCCAAUGAACCGUGUUGGUUGCCUUGUAUUGGCGCUGGAACUGGUCCACUUAGAAUGCGACAACGUUUUAGGCAUAAAAUUAAAGGUUCAAUAACUAAUGACUUUUUAUUAUCAUGCAUAUGUACACAAUGUGUUAUGUGUCAAUUAAAAAGAGAUAUGGAUUAUGUCAUUAAAAAUGAUGGAGAUGUUUAA